AUGUCUUCCCUUUCUUUGGAGGAUGAAACGACCAAUAUUACCAAGAAAGGAAUCACAUCUAUCUAUACGAGCACAGGUAUCAGCGCAACUCUACCUGAAGCCAACGGAAUGCAGGAUCUGUUACAAAACCAUUCUCAAAUUACAACACCAUUCCGGUAUACAGAAACCGUUUGUCACAAUGCUGAGCACAAUAUUUAUACUACGGAUCCACCCACGCAUUCAUCUCCACGGCGAUUGAGUCCUGAUAAAUAUAAAUUGGCGAAAGCUGAGUUUCAGCACAUGCUGGACCUCGGUAUAAUUAGACCUUCUUCGAGACCAUACUCAUUUCCUCUUCAUAUGGUUCCAAAACCGGACCCAGAAGCUUGGAGACCUUAUGGUGACUUCCGGAAGCUGAAUGCUACUACAAUUCCGCACUUGCACGAUUUCGCAGUGGGUCUGCAGGGCGCCACAGUCUUCACCAAACUUGAUCUAGUGAAAGUAUUCCACCAGAUACGAGUGGCCAAGGAGGACAUCCAUAAAACAGCGAUAACUACUCCUUUUGCGGCAGCAGCAGCAGCCCAAGCCACAUUCUUAUGCGACCGUCCUCCUAAGGACGAACAGGCUUACUCAGCACCUCCCUUCGUGAACGCCGACGCGGUCCUCUUAAGAGUGAACAUCCGAGGAUCGACUGGACCUCGAAUACAGCUCUUCCAUCUGAGCUGCCGCCCUGAACCAAAACGAUCCUUCGAUUGGCACUCCCCGACUACACUGGUGACCCCGAUAUUUACGAUCGAUCAAGAUGGCAACAAACGAGUGAGAACAGGACUCUCCCAUAAACGUAGCGAUGCCACCCGCAAACCUACCUACAUAAAAACCACCAAAAACUGGUUUCUUCAGUUGGAAGCGAUCUUCUCGGUACGGAGGAUAACAUCGCAACAAACGAAAUUUACCAACGUGGUGCAAGUCUUGACACCUUCAGUAGUCAACGAGUUGGCCGACAUUCUGGAAAAUGUACACGAGCAGGAGCCAUAUACUCGGCUAAAGGACGCAAUCCUAAAACGCACCGGCCGUUCGGACGAUGAUCUACUCCGGGAACUUUUCACCCACGUUACCAGGGGUGACAGAACACCCUCACAGCUCCUACGCUUCAUGAGAACCAGACUGGGAAAGCAUUCGAUAGCCGAUUCUAUCCUACGCGAAAUCUGGAUGGACAAGUUACCUACCACAAUAACACAGAUAUUGGCGCUAUUUGCAGAAAAUACACCACUGGACCAUUUAGCAGACUCCGCCUAUCGCAUCGCAGCAAAACUGGACCAAGGAGUGUGUUCUGAGCGGAACCCAGACGACACACUAGCCAAAAACGAAGAAUUAGAAAAAGCAGAAACUGACAUGCAACAUCAGCUACACGACAUCCGUAUACUCCUCUCCCGCAGACCAAGAGACCCGAAACCGAUGGCCAACAAUUGGCGACGGAGAAUACGGAGUACCAACAGGGAUCGACUAAUCGACCUGGAAUUAUCCUGGGUGUUCGACAGCGGGGCUCGUGUUCGGCAUGCCUCUCUCUUUUUGAGGACAAUAUUUCCACAUUCCUCAGAACUCGUGCUCAACUACAUCCAAGUUUCUUUCGUGCAGGAUCUGCGCCACAGAAUGGCCAAACUUACAUAUACUCCCCCACAACAACAAACCACAAGCUCAUACUUACCACAGAGACUGGAUAUCUGCGAUUUUGUCUUUGUCAGGAACGACGCCGUAAAAAAACCUCUCACACCUAGCUACCAAGGUCCCUUUAAAGUUCUGAAGCGUUCCAAGAAAUUUGUCACGAUCAUGGGCGGCAAAGACAAAGAUACGGUCUCCAUCAACCGACUCAAACCAGCUUGGUUAGAGGAAACUCCUUCCGACACAAACUUACCAACAACAACAGAAGAUGAAACAACUACACCAGUCAUACGAACAAAAUCAGGCAGACGGGUUCAUUUUCCGGAAAAAAAUAAAGACAUUUUUUUUUCAUGA